AUGACCGACACCUCAGUUCUCAUUACCGGAGCAGGCCCAUCGGGUCUUGCCUUAGCACUCGCUCUGCUGCAGAAUGGCAUGUCCGUUCGCAUCAUAGAUAAGUGUGAAGCACACAAGAUCGGUCAGAAAGGGGCUGGUAUCCACGUUCGUACACGCAUUAGCGCGUCUGUCACUUUCCUGCCACCUAGGAUUCUCGAGCUUUACAAAUUCAUGGAUGUCCUACCUGACAUUCAGAAGAAAGGAGGCAUUGUCCCUCCUGUCAUUCAUUACCUCCCAAAUGGCGAGACUAAGAUUUUCAGCAUGACCCAUAAAGGCGAAGACACCCCAGACAAACCAUACAACAAUAUGAUCAUACUUGGGCAAGACCGUCACGAAGCAGUUCUACGAGAACACCUGGCGAAACAUUGUUGUGAGGUCGAGUUGGGCACCGAACUGAUAUCGUUCGAGCAAUCUGCCAACCGUGUUGUAUCGCGUGUCCUUAAGACCCGCGACGGCCAGACUGUCGAAGAAACCAUCUCUUCUCGAUGGCUGGUUGGCUCAGAGGGUGCUCGUAGCGUCGUACGCAAAACGCUUGGCUUGAAAUUCCUCGGCGAGACGCGAGAAGGAGAGAACAUAGUCAUUGGCGACAUCAAAAUUAUAAAACCCCAACUUGACGAGUUCUGGCAUUAUUACGGAGAUAUGACAACCAAAGGAGUGAUCAUACGACCAUCUGAGGAUCCGACUGCAAACAAAUACCAGUUCUCUGUCAUGGGGCACCAGAUGGACGCGGCGGCGGUGGCUUCUGGACGUGAAGCGUUUCUGAAGGAGUUUUAUGCUAUCACUGGCCGGACAGACAUCGAAUUCGACAAGUAUGGUUCAGGGAGAGCUUUCGUAGCCGGAGACGCUGCCCAUGUCCAUAGUCCUACGGGAGCCCAGGGCCUAAACUCAGGCAUCCAAGAUUCGAUCAACCUAGCAUGGAAACUCGCCCUCGUCGAUAAAGGUUUGGCGGCACCUACUCUACUAGACACCUACACGCAGGAACGUAUCCCGGUUAUCGCAGCCAUGCUCAACAAAACCACCGAGCUCCAUACCAAACUCUUCACAGCAGGAACCGCUUCAGAUGAGGGGUGGAAGAGAGGGCCUGAGCUGCAUCAGUACGGCGUCAACUACCGCGGAAGCCCAAUAAUCGUAGAUGAGGCGGGGACGCCCGAGAGCGUCGAUCCGUAUCGGUCGGGAGAGGGUGGAGAGUUGCGAGCUGGGGACCGUGCUCCCGAUGCACCGGGUCUAGUGUCUUUGAAGGGAGAGAAGACGCGCCUCUUUGAUAUAUUCCGCACGUCGUACCAUACGGUCCUCGUUUUCUCUGAUGCUGGUUUGGAAGUAAAGGAAAUUCGGGACCUUCUGAAGGCGUACCCUGUGGGUACUGUCAACUCGGUCGUGAUCCUUCCGCAAAACGAUGCUCCUAUUGGCGAUGGUUCUUCCGUCGAUUUUGUCGUCACCGAUGGAGAGGGUUAUGCGCACAAGCACUACAACGGCCGCAACGGGGUUGUCGUAGUUCGGCCGGAUGGAAUGAUCGGUGCGCUCGUAGGCGGAGUAGACGGGUUGAAACAGUAUUUUAAAGGCAUCUUCCUCUAA